CCCCAAUCACACACUGGCUAACAGAUCACUUCACACACACACAGCCCUCCCUUUUCCUCCUCUUCAUCCUCCUCCUCUCUCUCUCUUUCGCUCACUCGCUCCUCUCGCUUACUCGCUUUCUCCAUCACUCGCUCUCCUUCGUUCUCUUGCUCUGAACACUUCCUUUGGUGGCGGAGGAGUGUGUGACUGUGUGUGUGUCCAGUGCAGGGAUAGCAGCGGAGAGAGAGAGAGAUAAAGACGGAGACAGAGACAGAAUGCCAGCAGAGUGACAGCCAGCAGUCAGUAACAGGACAGAGAGAGAAGAGAGAGAACCUUGAGACUACAACUGACUGGUAUCAAUGUGAAGAGGUCUCAGAGAUCCAACGACAAGGUCAGAAACAGACACAAGACCGGGACCAAGCGUGAAUAAGAGUAUAGAUGCUGAGUGUGUGAUAGAAAGCGAGGAGCAUCAGACACCAGUGGACAUCAUCUUUCCAGACCAAGUUCUUCUGAGAUUACAGAUACAACAAGGUUCAGAGUACAGAAAGAUCCACACCCUUCUGACUCCACCUCACAUCCUGACCCUAACAGGCAGCACAGAAGUCCCCUCACUCGCCACUGUCAGCUGUAUGGAUAACCCAAGCUGGGCAGAAACCAAACCAGGAACUGGCUUGUGUAAGCAGCAGGGAACCAUUGCUCUUUUUGGCAACGUGGUGUACAGCGGCCUGCUCAACGAACAUAUCUGGCAUUUCGGGAUACCCAUCGUCACCAGACUGGGUAACCAAGAGGCACCAGCCCCUCCUGAAGCGAUGGCCCAGCCCUACCCACCAGCCCAGUACCCCCCCCCCCAGAACGGUAUCCCAGCGGAGUACACCGCCCCCCACCCUCCUCACCCCCACCCCCACCCGCCGGCAGACUACACAGGGCAGAGUGCAGUGGCUGAGCACGCCCUAACGCUGUACACAGCCACACAGACACACAGCGAACAGACCGGCAACGAGAACAACACACCCACCCUCACCGCCACUACAGUAUCGCAGGCAGAAGAGGUUGCGCAAACGGAGGGCUCCCAUCAGCUCCACCUGCAGCAGUGUGAUUCAUCAGAGAAGCAGCAGCCCAAACGGUUACAUGUCUCCAACAUCCCUUUCCGCUUCAGAGACCCAGACCUCAGGCAAAUGUUUGGGCAAUUUGGGAAGAUUUUAGACGUGGAAAUAAUUUUUAACGAGCGAGGUUCCAAGGGUUUUGGGUUUGUAACAUUUGAAACGAGUGCAGAUGCGGACCGUGCGCGGGAGAAACUAAAUGGUACAAUCGUAGAGGGACGCAAAAUAGAGGUCAACAACGCAACAGCAAGAGUAAUGACAAACAAAAAGGUGUCAAACCCUUACACAAACGGCUGGAAGCUGAACCCCAUGGUGGGAGCUGUCUAUGGUCCUGAAUUGUAUGCAGUGGCAGGUUUUCCCUACCCUAGUACAGGAGCGACGGUAGCCUAUCGCGGAGCUCAUUUCAGAGGAAGGGGGCGGGCCGUCUACAACACAUUCCGCGCCGCGCCCCCACCUCCACCCAUUCCUGCCUAUGGAGCUGUUGUUUACCAGGACGGCUUCUAUGGUGCAGAAAUAUACGGAGGUUAUGCAGCAUACAGAUACGCCCAGCCAGCAGCCACGGCUGCAACCACAUACAGUGACAGUUACGGGAGAGUCUAUGCAACAGCAGACCCAUAUCACCACACGAUUGGUCCUGCGGCCACGUACAGUGUGGGUACUAUGUAAAUAAAUCCAAAACUAGAAGGAUGACAACAUGGAUGAAGAAAGAACACAAAAAAACAAGAUAAACGAAAUCAACAAAAAUACAAAAAGAGAGGACAUUGUCAGGAUCCCUUCUAUCAAGGCUCAAAAGGGGAGAGUGGAUGGAAGAUGUUUUGGCCAAGCACCAUAACAACGGCCUAAACCACUGCGCCUGGAGUUUUAGGGGCAGAGCGAGAUAUAGCUUUCCCCUGGGACAAGCCUUGCUGGGCGGACGAGACCAAGAGAAAGGGCACCAUAAAACUAUUUUAUUUUUCUAAACUUUUUUAAGUUUAUGAUUUCCAAAAAGAGCAAAGAGUAAUGUAUGUCAAUAUAUUAUUAUAUGUAAUGUAUAAGUAUGCUUAAAAAAAUGUGAGGGGUAAACAAACAAACUAAAAAACAGAGAUGUAUAAUGUGUCUUUGGGAAGUUCAGGUGAAUGGGAGGUGUGUGUGGGGGGGGGGGACAAGACGCUGAUGGUAAGGGACUGCUUGUCUGCCUGGCAUGACUCAUAUGGACGUCAUGGUAAUGACAUGGUAACACCGUGGUGACGCCGUAGCAACAACCCCAGAUGGCAGGCGAAUGAGUGCUUGGCUGCGUCUUCCAUGGAAAGGGUAAAAAACGGAUGACAUCACACACAAACUCUGACCACUAAUGGGCCACAUUUACAGGUCAGCCUCUGCAGUUAACUUGCAAUUUAGAAUGAAUUACUUUCUGUGGGUCAUGGUGAAAGUUAGGGAGUGAAAACAAGAAGUGAUGUCAUAUAAUGGGGGACAUUUAAACUCUAGUGUGGAGCUAAACUCUGAGCUUCCUUCCACUUUAAAAACUGCUCUUCUCUACACGUUGCGCUUCCAGUUCACUUUGUAUCUCUGUAGCUUGAACUAAAAGACCCCCUCCAAUGUCAAUGGAAGAAUAAGAAGGUGUGUGUUCAGCAAGGAAGCAGAGAAGCCUGUAAAAAGCCAGGGAACACACACUGAAUUGUAUUUAGGUGUCCAGGGGGGCAUGUGGAGUUAAAGUUAACAUGGACAACGGGUUGGAGGUUAAAGGUCAGGGGUUAGUAUCAAGAGGUCAUGUCUGUUGCCGGCCACAGCAGGCCCCUGAAUCACGGCGUCGCUACCAAAACAUGUUGUUGUGUAGUUGUGGUUGAGGUGGCUGUGCUGUGUAGUAAACAAAUCACUUCUUUUGUACAUCGUGUUGGGGUGGGGGGUGGUGGGCAGGUUGGGGAUCGAGCUACAAAUUAGAAACAUGGGAGCUGUCCACUCCCAAUCGUCACUUGGUACGCGUCCCAAAUGGCACCCUAUUCCCUAUAUACUACUGUUGAAAAGUAGUGCAUUAUGUGGGAAAUAGGGUGCCAUUUGGGAUGUAGUCUUUGACUCCUCCAUCCAUCUUAGGUAUGGGCUCCAGCUCAUUCUGAGAGGGAGAGGGAGAGAGAGGGAGAGAGAGAGGGAGAGAG